AUUCAUUUACUAGCCUUGUUUCCCACUUCCUGAAAGAAUGGAGGCUCCCAGAAGGCUGCUUUCCCUUUCUCUUUGCAUCCUCAGAGAAAUGCUUAAUCUGGCGCGUUGCUGGGCACACAGCAGGCGCUUAAAGAGUGCACGGAAUGCUUUCUCUGCGGCAACGCCUGGCACACAGUGAGAACUCGGAGAGUGCGUUGGCUGGCUGGCUGCGGAGCCACGGCUUUAUGACGACCUCCCUCCGCAGAAGGAGGCCUUUGGACUGGAAGAUCUCUAAACAGGACUGUUUUCCUCAGUUGAUAGGAUCCAUUCCCUGCGAGCCCCCGCGCUGCACUACGCAGGUCCGCGCUAGUCCUAUGGGUGGCUUGGACGCCGGCGCAAAAGCGGUGCUCAGAGAGUGGCGGCAAAGCGCAUGCUCCGGGAAAGCGCGGCCUCUGGGAUCUGCCCUCACCAACAUGGCCUCCCGCAGAACACGCCUCCCGGCCCUUCUUCAGCGAGUCGCUGGUCUGUGACGUCUUGGGCGCGCCGACAUCCACCGAACCCGGCAGCUCCACGUGGAUCGGGUUCUGCUGGUCUCGGCUCGGUUCUGCUCGGUCCCUCGAGAUGGAGACGCCCCGGAGGAGAAGCCGGCGCCUGGAGGGGUUGGAAGCCGAAACCCCCGCGACUCCGGCCACGCCGUCCCGGGGGCCCCGUAAGGCCCGACGAGCUCUACUAGGGUCCAAGGCCGAGGCUGCUUUAGAGCCGGUGCCGGAAGCGGCGACGGAGGGCGUGGGGUCCCCUCAGAAGCUGCUUGGGUCCCCCAAGAAGAGGGGUGAGGACUUGGGCUCCCCCCAGAGACAGGCCCGGGGGCCAAAGUCCCCCCAGAAUCAGUCAGGACCCUGCCUUGGGUCCCCGAAGAAUAAGGGCAAGGACUUGGGGUCCCCCAGGAGAAAGGAUCAGCUCCCGGGGUCCCCGAGCAAUCUUCCACAGCCCGGUCUGGGGUCCCCCAAGAGACAGCAGAAUCAGCAGGCCAAGGGCACCCCAGAUGAGAAGAGACCCGGCCUGGAAAAAUCCCAAAGCCCCAAGAAGCACUGCCUGGGGUCCCCUAAGACACUUAGGACUCAAGGCUCGGGAGGGGAGCCGUUCUCCAGACCUCCCCCAGAAGCCAGCCCGGCAUCCCCCCAAAGUCUAAGAGACAAGGGAUUGGAGUCCCAGAAAGGACAGCCAGAGCCUGGCAGAGAGGGUCCCUUGGGUCAGCCUGAGCCAGUGACCCCCAAAUCGGGAGCACUGCCUCAGGAUGGUGCUGCAGAGAGCCAGGCCUCCAAAACCAAGAAGCGGGGUGGCUCCCCUAUGCCCACCUCAGCACCCAAGAAGCCCAAGCAGAAGGAGGCGCCAAUAAUCCCCAAAGGGAAGCCCAAGUCUGGCCGAGUGUGGAAGGAUCCCAAAAAGAAGAGAUUCUCCCAGAUGGUCCAGGACAAGCCCCUGAAGACGUCCUGGGAGCGCAAGAUGAAGGAGCGGCAGGAGAGGAAACUGGCCAAGGAUUUUGCCCGACACCUGGAGGAGGAGAAGCAAAGGCGCAAGGAGGUGAGAGGGGAUGGGGGGGGGGNGAAGGAGCGGCAGGAGAGGAAACUGGCCAAGGAUUUUGCCCGACACCUGGAGGAGGAGAAGCAAAGGCGCAAGGAG